AUGGCGACCAACGGCGAUGACCUGACGACGGGGAUGGGGGAAAUUAUACAGCUGAACGUGGGGGGGACGCGGUUCAGCACCUCCAGACAGACUCUGAUGUGGAUCCCAGACUCUUUCUUCUCAAGUCUGCUGAGUGGAAGAAUAUCCACUCUUCGGGAUGAAACUGGAGCUAUAUUUAUUGACAGAGACCCCACCGCUUUUGCACCAAUUUUAAAUUUCCUCCGAACCAAAGAACUGGACCUGCGUGGUGUCAACAUCAGCGUUCUGCGGCAUGAAGCGGAAUUCUAUGGCAUAACUCCUUUAGUGCGGCGCCUUCUUCUCUGUGAAGAACUGGACCGAUCUUCAUGUGGUAGCGUUCUCUUCCAUGGCUACCUUCCACCUCCAGCCAUCCCUGAAUAUAAGUCUCGCUCCACCUCCUCCUGUGACGAGCGUCCAGGUCCGAGUGGAGCCGAGGGGUUCAGCUAUGUUGGUGCCCCUCCUCACCCUCCCUUCCCCUGCUCACCGGGAUUAGAUGAAGCUCAUAAACUUGGACCAGACCCUCGCAAGGUGUUGAUCAUAACAGGGCACCACAACUGGAUUGUAGCAGCAUAUGCACACUUUGUCAUCUGUUACAGGAUAAAGGAAUCCACAGGCUGGCAACAGGUGUUUUCAUCUCCCUGCCUGGACUGGACCAUUGAACGCAUCGCACUAAACGCCAAAGUGGUAGGAGGCCCGCACGGAGACAAAGACAAGAUGGUGGCAGCCGCCUCUGAAAGCAGCAUCAUACUCUGGAGCAUCCAAGAUGGAGGCAGCGGCAAUGAAAUCGGUGUGUUCAGCCUCGGUGUGCCUGUGGAUGAUCUCUUCUUCAUUGGAAAUCAGCUUGUAGCGACAAGCCAUACAGGGAAGGUCGGAGUGUGGAAUGCUGUAACACAGCACUGGCAGGUUCAAGAUGUUGUUCCAAUUACGAGUUGCGACACAGCCGGAUCCUUCCUGUUAUUGGGCUGCAACAAUGGCUCCAUCUACUAUAUUGACAUGCAAAAGUUUCCUCUGCGGAUGAAAGACAACGAUCUCCUGGUGACAGAGCUUUAUCACGACCCCUCAAACGAUGCCAUCACCGCAUUGUCUGUCUACCUCACGCCUAAAACCAGUGUGAGCGGGAACUGGAUCGAGAUCGCCUACGGGACCAGCAGCGGCGCAGUGAGAGUCAUCGUGCAGCAUCCAGAGACGGUGGGCUCGGGCCCCCAGCUCUUCCAGACUUUCACCGUCCACAGGAGCCCUGUGACCAAGAUCAUGUUGUCUGAGAAACACCUGGUCUCAGUGUGCGCCGACAACAACCAUGUUCGCACGUGGACGGUGACCCGCUUCCGUGGGAUGAUUUCCACACAGCCUGGCUCCACUCCUUUGGCCUCCUUUAAAAUACUCUCCUUAGAGGAAACGGAGAGUCACGGCAGCUACUGUUCGGGAAACGACAUCGGUCCGUUUGGAGAGCGAGAUGAUCAGCAAGUAUUCAUCCAAAAGGUCGUCCCCAUCACCAACAAGCUCUUUGUGAGGCUUUCAUCAACUGGAAAAAGAAUCUGUGAAGUGCAGUCUGUGGAUGGGACCACCAUCUCUUGCUUCAUGGUCCGGGAAUGCGAAGGUUCCAGUCGGAUGGGCUCACGACCGCGCCGCUAUCUGUUCACCGGUCACGGCAAUGGCAGCAUCCAAUUGUGGGAUCUGACCACUGCCAUGGACACCGCCAACAAAGGAGAGGAGAAGAAGAAAGAGGAUGUCGGCGGUCCAACAGAAGAGGAACUUCUUCAGCUAUUGGACCAGUGCGACCUUAGCACAUCCCGCUGCGCCACGCCAAAUAUUAGCCCCGCCCCAUCGGUGUUGCACAACACGCGCAUCCGUGAAUCCUGCUCAAGUGUGCAGUUGCAGGUUCAGGAAGCCAUCCCUGAGAAUCAGGUGACCUACGGGGCUGUGCGGCCAUACAGAGAGAGCCCUCUGCUGGCCCGUGCCAGAAGAACAGAGUCCUUCCGCAGUAACAGAGACUUCCAGAACUUCAGCUUGAGUCGUGGAAUCUUGGAGGGUGCGGAUCAGAGCUCCAGUCAACCCUCGGAAAACCGCCGUUCGCUCUGUGACUUCGGGUCAGAGGAGAGUGAGAGAAGUGAGAGGAGGAUGUCUGCGAUGGAGCUGUGGACAUGUCGAAGCAACAAUGCAAACAAUCCAGGUGUUUUAAGUGCACCGGGCAGAGUUAAGGCUGACGGCGGGAGUCAGGAAUCCUCGCGACAGCCCCCCGACUCACCCUUAUUCGGGGGAGGCGACGUCAGAGGCAAGGUGCACCCGCAGCCUGAGGAAGGGGACGCAGUGGGAGUCGGUGGAGACGGGGCGAAGGCAGAGGCGGAGGGAGGUACGAAGAAGAGGGGCGUGCUGGACGUGGGCUUUCUGGGGAGAAAGAGGGCUCCCCCGGUCCCUCUCCUCUCAACGGGGUCAGAAGGUGGCGGCGGCAGCGACUCCUCUGCCAAUGCUUCGCCUUCCCCCACCAAACUGACUUCCUGCACCUCACCACGACACAGGAAGUCCACUGCUGAGUCGUCCAAUCAGGACAGCAGCCUGUAA